AAUUUUUGUUCGUUUUCUCUUUCGAAUUUUCAAGUUUUGGAGCAGGAUAUGAAGCUGAAUUUUGUUUUUGUAAUAUGUUUACCUAAUAAUUUGUUUUUACAUUUCAACUUCUUUAAUUUUCCUCUUACUUUUGUUUCGGAUUUCAAUUUCAUUUUCUUUGUGAUUUUUUUUUUGAGUUUUGAUUCUCUAUUCUCUACUUCCUGGAGGAAAAUUUAACUUUCCUGGAAACUUCUUGAUGGUUGACUACUUUGACUUCCGUCAAAGAAAAUGAAAGCUUCGCCAAGUCCUAAUGAUCGUCUUCCUUUUUCGGAUUACUGGUGAUCAAGAAAAAACGAUCCUUUGCUUUUUUUUUUUUCCUAUUUCUUUUCCUCCCUUUUGUCUUUCUUUGUUUUUCAAUAGCAGUCUUUCUAUUACAUGAACUACUUUCUUUUUCUUGCAUUUAUUGAUAGCUUGAUACCAAAGAAAAAUUCCGUUUUGCUUCUGUUUUGCAGCAGAGAAAGAGAGAGCAAAAACUUAAAUUUGUAACUUUUUUUUUUUAAUUUUUUGGAGAACAAGUUUCAGUAACGAUGUUAAAAAAGAUGGAAAUUCUGGACGUUGAUAAAGUGAUAGAAGAGUUCGAAGCGAUGACCAAAGACGCUGAGAAUGUUCAAAGAGAGACGUUAAAGAAGAUUCUAGAAGAAAAUGGAUGCUCUGAGUAUUUGCAGAAUCUCGGUCUCAAUGGCAGAACCGACCCUGAAAGCUUCAAGGCUUGUGUUCCUCUCGUCACUCACAAGGACUUGGAGCCUUAUAUUCAAAGAAUUGCUGAUGGUGCUUCUUCCUCGAUUCUCACCGGUAAACCAAUAACCACCAUAUCUCUCAGCUCUGGUACUACUCAAGGAAAGCCCAAGUUUGUGCCUUUCAAUGACGAAUUGAUGGAAACUACUUUGCAGAUAUACCGUACAUCUUAUGCUUUUAGAAACAGAGAAUUCCCUAUUGAGAAUGGGAAGGCCUUGCAGUUCAUUUACAGUAGCAAGCAGAGUGAAACCAAAGGCGGUUUGAUUGCCGGAACUGCAACUACCAAUGUCUUUCGCAAUUCGCAGUUUAAAAAUGCGAUGAUAGCAAUGCAAUCUCAGUGUUGCAGCCCUGAUGAGGUGAUAUUUGGUCCUGAUUUCCACCAAUCUUUGUACUGCCAUCUUUUAUGUGGGCUGAUUUUCCGUGAGGAAAUUCAGUUGGUUUCCUCUACCUUUGCCCAUGGCAUUGUUCAUGCGUUUCGAACUUUUGAACAAGUUUGGGAAGAGCUUUGUGCUGAUAUAAGAGAAGGGGUCCUCACAAGCCGGAUCUCUUUCCCUUCUUACCGAUCAGCAAUGGCCAAAUUGCUGAAGCCAAAUCCUGAGUUGGCUGAUUUGAUUCAUAAGAAAUGUUCAGAAUUGAGUAAUUGGUAUGGAUUGAUACCGGAGCUUUUUCCUAAUGUAAAGUACAUGUAUGGGAUCAUGACUGGUUCCAUGGAGCCUUAUCUGAAAAAGUUAAGGCAUUAUGCAAGAGAUUUGCCUCUUAUAAGUGCUGAUUAUGGUUCUUCAGAGGGGUGGAUUGGGGCAAAUAUCAAUCCAACUCUGCCUCCUGAGUCGGCUACUUAUGCUGUGCUUCCUAAUAUUGGGUAUUUUGAAUUCAUUCCUCUGAAAGAGAAUGCUGAGGAGCAUGUGGAAGUCAAAGUUAACGAUUCUUUCCUCUCUAUGGAGCCCAAGCCAGUGGGUCUGACUGAAGUUAAGGUUGGUGAAGAGUAUGAGAUUAUUAUCACCAGUUUUGCAGGUUUGUAUAGGUAUAGGCUAGGGGAUGUGGUCAAGGUUACGGGCUUCCAUAACUCAAGCCCGGAACUGAAAUUUGUCUGCAGAAGAAAUCUCAUACUCACCAUAAACAUCGACAAAAACACUGAGAAAGAUUUACAGCUUGCUGUGGAACAAGCAGCCAAGUUAAAUGCUGAGGAAAAGCUGGAAGUGCUUGAUUUCUCUAGUCAUGUGGACUUAUCGACAGACCCCGGUCACUAUGUGAUCUUUUGGGAAAUUAAUGGGGAAGUAGGCGAUGAGGUCCUGAAAGAAUGCUGCAAUUGUUUGGAUCGUUCUUUUGUGGAUGCAGGCUAUGUUAGUUCCCGCAAGGUAAAUGCCAUUGGUCCGCUUGAGCUCCGAGUUGUUCGGAGAGGAACUUUCCAGAAGAUUCUUGAUCAUUACCUAGGAUUAGGAGCUGCUCUUAGUCAGUUUAAAACACCGCGAUGUGUAGGGCCUACAAACAAUAAAGUGUUGCAAAUCUUGUGUGAAAAUGUUACCAAGAGCUACUUCAGUACCGCUUUCUAGUUGUAGUUAAAUAUGGGAGAAAAGUAAAUUUCUCACCAUUUGUUAUAUAAUAAAUUAAAGGUGUUUUACUGGCUUAAUCAUCUAGUUGAAUGCAAAAUCAUUGCAUUUAUACCUUA